CGCAUUCGAACUCGGAUUUUAGUUCUCCUGUUUUCUGUUACAAAGGAGCUUCUACAAACCAAUGGCAGACGGCAGGUCCUUCCCCGUGUGCUUGUCCCCAGUCAUGGCGUCCAGGCUGGCGGUGAACCGAGAUAUGCUGCUGAAUCUGGAGUGCGAACACAUCACCCUCGUCAGCCACAGUGGCAUUCAUUCGUGGACGUGGAACAUACAGCACCUGCGCAGCUAUGGCUACAAGAGGGACGAUUUCCACUUCGAGGCUGGGACCCGAUGCCAGACCGGGACAGGAAACUUCUGCUUCUAUACCGGACAGGGCAAGGAGAUCUGCCAUGUUCUGAAAAAUAUGAAGGCAGGGUAUAAGCUCAGGAAAUGCGCACGGUCUAUGAGCCUGGCUGAAAAAAACAGCGAACAUGGGGUCAAGAAAAAUAAAAUUACAGCUAGGAAGUUCCUCUCCUUACUGAAGAGGAAACCCAAAGUAAACAAACAGGACAGAUCUGAGGAAGCCAGAAAAGACAAGAAGGAACGGUCGUCGGUUGUCUCGGCUGCUUACGUCACAAUCCUGCCCGAGACGCCAAGUGUUUCGAACUCUGCUUCGGAAAACAUGUACCGGAAGCCCAGAAAUACGAGAAAGCGUUUCGAGGCUGGCGACGCCUGGAAACAUCAUGGGUAUUAAGAUUUUGGGUCGGUGCGGAUAAGGAAUAUUUGUGUUCAUACUGUACAGAAACCUUUGACACCCAUCUCUCUGAACUUUUUUUUUUUUAUUGAUAUUUGGUUGCUUGUCUUAUUGAAUAUUAGGGUGGGCAACAGUGUACACUUGCCAUGUUUAGGAUCAAUCACAAACAGAAUCUAAAAUGCCAUCAGCGUUACUGAAGCUUCGAAACACCAGCAUGACUCCUGAGACGGUCCUCAAGACACGUUUGGAAAGAAAAUACGGCUUUAAAGAUCAAUAAACUAGCUUAUGCUUAUUAUUAUUAUUACUGAUGAUGCUGUAGUGUAUGUAUGUCGCUCCUCUAUCCAUGGGUGCACGGUGUUUAAUGUAUGAAUGAAAGGAAAGGCAAGAGUACAUCACGACUAAAUCCAUUCAUGAAGUGUGGACUUUUAGUUUGUGAAAAGAUAUGACAUUGAUUUCAUAUUUUAUUAAAGAAUAUAAGUUUGUAGAAAUAAGGUUAUCCAAAUGUAUACAUGUGUGUAUGUAUGUGCGUAUUUAGCUAUUUAAUUACAUACCGACUUAUAAAAAG